AUUAUCUUCUGCACUCUGCACAGGACUCCAGGCCCAGGAACUGCAGAUGCCCAACAGCAGCUCCAUCAGCCAGUUCCUCCUCCUGGCGCUGGCAGACACGCGGCAGCUGCAGCUCCUGCACUUCUGGCUCUUGCUGGGCAUCUACCUGGCUGCCCUCCUGGGCAACGGCCUCAUCAGCACAGCCGUAGCCUGCCACCACCGCCUGCACACCCCCAUGUACUUCUUCCUGCUCAACCUCGCCCUCCUCGACCUGGGCUGCAUCUCCACCACUCUCCCCAAAGCCAUGGCCGAUGCCCUCUGGGACACCAGGCACAUCUCCUACGCUGGAUGUGUUGCCCAGACCUUUCUGUUUGUCUUUCUGAUGUCAGCAGAGUAUUGCAUCCUCACCAUCAUGUCCUAUGACCGCUACGUUGCCAUCUGCAAGCCCCUGCACUACGGGACCUUGAUGGACAGCAGAGCUUGUGCCACCAUGGCAGCAGCUGCCUGGGGCACUGGGCUUCUCCAUGCUCUGCUGCACACUGUCAGUACAUUUUCUCAGCCACUGUGCCGAGGCAAUGCUGUGGAUCAGUUCUUCUGUGAAAUCCCCCACAUCCUCAAGCUCUCCUGCUCUGAAUCAGACUACCUCAGGGAAAUUGGUUUCAUUGUGCUUAGUGUUCUUGCCGUAUUUGCGUGUUUUGUUUUCAUUGUUGUGUCCUAUGUGCAGAUCUUCAGGGCCGUGCUGAGGAUGCCCUCUGAGCAGGGACGACACAAAGCCUUCUCCACGUGCCUCCCUCACCUGGCUGUGCUCUCCCUGUUUCUCAGCACUGACUUUUUGGCCUACGUGAAGCCCCCAUCCAUCUCCUCCCCAUCCUUGGACCUGGUGGUUUCAUUUCUGUACUCGGUGGUGCCUCCAUCAUUAAACCCCCUCAUCUACAGCAUGCGGAACCAGGAGCUCAAGGAUGCAGUGAGGAAAAUGUUGCAAAACCACUACUUCCAUAAGCUGCCCGUGAUCGGUUCUUAAUGAUUCCGGUGCUCCCAUAACGCUACAACAAUGCAAAAGAUGGUUGCAUACAUGAGAGAGUUUUUCACCAGACAAGGCUGAGGCUACUGCAAAGUGAGAGAAAGUGUCAACUGUUACAUGGGCAUAAGAAGAUUUUCCAAAGGAAGGUACAUGUGUGACAUCCAUCUGCCACAGAUCAUUAGGCAUUAAUCCCCUGGGGUUCACUCCAAAAUGAGGAACUGGUAAUAAAGGGGCACAAGAAGAACCGUUCUGCAUAUUCGCAAGUCCAAAGCAAAUAUUCACCUCCACUUAACACAGCCUUCGCCAAGCUUUGCCAGUCAGAAGG